AUGAAGAACACGGAGAAGGUUCUCAAAGCCAGUAUCAUGGAUCUCAAUAUCGAGCAUCCCAAAAUCAAAGAGAUCAAGUUCACGGAGAACAUGUUCAAGGACAACAACCUCAAGGUGAAGACCAAAGAUCACAAAAUGACCAAAAUACUUUUUCUAAGUACUAUAAUUAUCUUAGCGGAAACGAUUUCCCCGGAUAUUAGAUUGUUGUUUAAAUUUAUAUUAUGUCCUUUUAAAUUUUCUUAG